UGUGCACAUACCGGGCGACGAGCUGCCGCUUCUCUCGCCGCCGGGUGCUCUUGUCCUGCCGCGAUGGUCGGGGUGAAGGUGAUCGCCAACGACGCGGAGUUCCAGAGCGAGCUGAGCGCCGCGGGCUCCCGGCUCGUCGUAGCCAAGUUCACCAUGAGGGGAUGUGGCCCAUGUUUAAGGAUAGCUCCUGCUUUCAAUGCUCUGAGCAAUAAAUAUCCACAAGCCACUUUUUUGGAAGUUGAUGUUCAUCAGUGCCAGGGAACAGCUGCAACCAAUAAUAUAUCAGCAACACCGACAUUUCUUUUCUUCCGGAACAAAGUGCGAAUCGACCAAUAUCAAGGCGCUGACGCUGUGGGAUUAGAAGAAAAAAUCAAACAGCACCUAGAAAAUGAUCCUGGAAAUAAUGAGGAUACUGAUAUUCCAAAAGGAUAUAUGGAUUUGAUGCCAUUUGUUAAUAAAGCUGGCUGUGAAUGCCUUAACGAAAGUGAUGAACACGGGUUUGAUAACUGUUUACGUAAAGACACUACGUACCUGGAAUCAGACUGUGAUGAGCAGCUGCUUAUUACUGUAGCUUUUAAUCAACCUGUCAAGCUUUAUUCUAUGAAAUUUCAAGGGCCUGAUAAUGGUCAAGGUCCAAAGUAUGUAAAAAUGUUUAUCAACCUCCCUCGAUCGAUGGAUUUCGAAGAGGCAGAAAGAAGCGAACCCACUCAGGCCCUGGAACUAUCGCCAGAUGAUAUUAAAGAAGACAGUAUUAUCCCACUUCGCUAUGUAAAGUUUCAGAAUGUUAACAGUGUAACUUUAUUUGUCCAGUCCAAUCAAGGUGAUGAGGAAACGACAAGAAUUGCAUAUUUUACUUUUAUUGGAACACCAGUCCAAGCAACAAACAUGAAUGACUUCAAGCGGCAUUUCCCUGGCCCAAAGAAAUAAAAAUGCAGAAGAUUUUUGUUUUUAAGUGACCUUUCCUUGCACAGCCCCUUCCUCCCUCCUCCCGCUCAUCUAGCACCUGCCUCCUCCUUUCCACACUUCUGCUGCUUGCGGUACCAUCACUUCCUGGGACAGCUUUCCUUGGCUUCUUUCUUUUCUCAUGGACUCAUCUUUGUUUUUCAUAUACCCUUUUAAAAUUCUUCUUUUGCACACUGUUUUGCUUUUACUCUAUUAGAUACUCCAGAGUGUAUUCACCCAACAGUGUAAUCACACUAUGUACCUUUGUAUUUUCUGCUUUUCUUCUCGCUGGUGAAUAAUGGAGGUGGAAGAGGACUGCAGCAUUCUCAACUGUAACCCUAGUCUGGGUGACUUGUAGCUAUAGUUUUCCUGAUUCAUGGUUCAAGCUUUCACAAUCCCUUGAGACCCUCUUAAAGCUGAACUGUCCUUUAAUAGCUUUUCAUAAUGGUUAAUUUCAGCUCAUAUAUGAAGCUAUCUUAGACUUCGUUAGACCAGUGGUCCUACUAACCCUGUCCUGUCAACUCUGGAUUAAAGAUACAUCGCACUGUUGCUUUUAUUUAUUAGUCUUACAGUUUUAAAUCAUUGCUAUAAAGGUGGGAAUUCAGGUACUUCUAAUUAUGCUGACCAACAUCAAUGCCGAA